CAUACGUGCCUUGAUUUUGAAAAAUGUCCACGAACGUUGCCCUCACUGUAUUGGGAUAUUGGAAGAAAUUAAGCUUCAUUCAAUGCUUAUUUCGUCGUAUAAAUUGUCUGAAUAUUUAUUGUAACAUUAAAGUAAUAACUCAAAAAAAUGUCUGUGCGAGUGCUCGUUUUAUGCGUCCUUGUGUUUUUAUUAUUUUCCGUGGAAUGUGGGGAUCCUAGGAGCGAAGAAGGUUACCCGAGGGGAUUUAUGGCAGUAUGUCCAGGGUCCACGAAACCGGCCUCGAUUCCCAGGAGUCAGCUGAAGUACCUCUUCUUCGUGGUCCAGGGUAAGGGGCGGUCGAGGAAAUCCUAUAAUUAUUGGGACGCGAAAAACAUCGCUACAGAUCCAAGGAUAGACUUUCGUAGAAAAACCAUGGUAGUAGCAAUCGGAUACUUGGACAGUACAAGUUUUCCGAUAUCCGGAAUGUUCGCUAAUGAGUACGAAGCUAAGGGGUACAAUGUGAUCCUAAUUGACAACCAGCGCUUCGCCACGGUUCACUACUAUUUAGCUUCACGCCUAAUGCGUCCUGUCGGCAAACACGUCGCUGAGGUAUUAGUGGAAUUAACUCGAGCCGGAUUAGACCCAACCACCACCGAGCUCCUAGGCUUUAGCCUCGGCGGUCAAACAGCCAGCUACAUAGCGAAAAACUACCAACAAAUGACAGGAAAGAAUAUAUCAAGGAUAACAGCUUUGGAGCCGUCUGGACCUUGUUUCAGGACUCUUUCCUCUCAAGAACGUCUAGACGCAUCGAAUGCGGACUUCGUUCAAGUUGUACACACGAAUAUCGAUGGAUACGGAAUGAGUGCUAGGAUGGGGCAUGUUGAUUUCUAUGUAAAUGGGGGGGAAUUUCAACCGACAGACUUGAACGUUUAUCCUUGUACUACGACAUGUAGCCAUUUUAGGGUAUUAAGUCUUUGGGUAUCAGCUAUGAGGAAUCCGAAGAAAUUUAUAGGUAUUAAAUGUAAUAGUAUUCAAGAAGCGAGAGACUCCGCGUGCUACAACAUAGUUCCUUUAUCGACAAACGUCAUGGGCGAAAACGUCAAUGUCACAAAUCAAGGUAUAUUUUAUCUGUCAACGGGCAAAGUUUUUCCUUAUUAUCUAGGAAAUAAUGGCUUAAAGUCAGAGUACGAUUCGUGGAGAAAAAUUAGUAAUAUCAACGAUGGUAAUGAAACUGAAGUAUACACGUAGCUAUUAAAAGUAUUUUUUUAAGACAAAUAACUUUAUGAAAAGGAUU